AUGGCGACCUCAUACCCGUUCCCAGACAACGUUCAUGUCUCGAGCUCUGUCACGCUCAAGCUCAACGACCACAACUAUCUUUUGUGGAAAACUCAGUUUGAAUCGCUCCUAUCGAGUCAAAAACUCAUAGGAUUCGUCAAUGGAGCCGUCCUUGCUCCAUCUCAGACACGCCUUGCAGUCAUUGGCGAUGUCACCAGUGAGGUUCCAAACCCGCAAUACGACUCUUGGUUCUGUACUGACCAACUCGUCCGGUCAUGGCUAUUCGGUACUCUGUCCGAGGAGGUUCUCGGCCACGUUCAUAAUCUUCCUACAUCUCGUCAGAUCUGGCUUUCUCUGGCCGAAAAUUUCAACAAGAGCAGCCUUGCCAGGGAGUUCUCGCUUCGCAGCAAACUGCAGCUUCUUCAAAAGAAGGACAAAAGCUUCUCCGACUACUGCAAAGAGUUUAAAACCGUCUGUGACUCUCUCAGCGCCAUCGGAAAGCCUAUUGAUGAAAACAUGAAGAUCUUUGGGCUACUUAAUGGUUUAGGGAGUGAGUAUGACCCAAUAGCAACAGUGAUCCAGAGUAACCUGACCAAGUUCCCACCCCCAACUUUUAACGAUGUGGUCUCGGAGAUUGAGGGAUUUGACAUCAAACUCAAGGCCAGAGAGGAAGCAGCUUCGGCAACACCUCAUCUUGCCUUCAAUACCACCAAGUCAGACUCUGGUGCUCCUCAGUACAACACAAACUUCAGAGGUCGAGGACGUUACAGCCAGAACAGGGGACGUGGAGGCUACACAACUCGGGGAAGAGGUUUUGCUCAACACCAAACUACCUCAACCACAACUGGAGAACGCCCUGUUUGUCAAAUAUGUGGUCGUGUUGGACACACUGCAGUGAGAUGCUACAACAGGUUCGAUAACAAUUAUCAGGAUGACCCAAAGACUCAGGCUUUCUCCACUCUAUGUGCGUCGGAUGAGUCCGGGAAAGAGUGGUACCCAGACUCUGGAGCCUCAGCUCAUGUCACUCAGUCCACAAACAAUCUGCAGACGGCUAUGGCUUAUGAGGGAAAUGAUGCGGUGCUGGUUGGUGAUGGAGCUUUUCUCCCAAUAACUCAUGUUGGCUCUACUACGAUCACUUCCUCAAAAGGUACAAUUCCUCUCAAUGAGAAAGUGGUCUCAAAGGGUCCUCGCAAUAAAGGGCUCUAUGUGUUGGAAAGCAAUGAGUUUGAAGCUCUGUAUUCAAAUCGGCAAUGUGCAGUGAGUGAGGAGAUCUGGCAUCAUCGACUUGGACAUUCAAACUCAGGCAUUCUUCAACACUUGCAGUCAAAUAAGGCGAUUUCUGUUUCAAAUAAACACUCAUCCCGCGUGUGUGAGCCGUGUCAGAUGAGCAAGAGUUCUAGAUUAAAGUUUUCUGUUUCUGCUUCUAGUGUUCUGAAUCCCCUAGAUCGAAUACACUGUGAUCUUUGGGGACCCUCUCCAGUUGUAUCGAAUCAAGGAUUCAAAUAUUAUGCACUUUUUAUUGAUGAAUUCUCUCGUUAUUCCUGGUUAUUUCCUUUGCGUGCCAAGUCUGAAUUCUUCUCUGUCUUUCAAGAGUUCCAAAAGUUGGUGGAAAACCAGUUGAAUAACAAAAUCAAGGAGUUUCAGAGUGAUGGGGGUGGAGAAUUCAUCAGUACAAGCUUCAAGAAACAUCUCAGAGAUCAUGGGAUUCAUCAUAGGAUAUCCUGUCCCUAUACACCACAACAGAAUGGAACGGCAGAGAGAAAACACAGACAUCUCACUGAGCUUGGUCUGGCCAUGAUGUUCCACAGCCAUACGCCACUGAAAUACUGGGUUGAAGCUUUUUUUACAGCAAACUUCAUUGGGAAUCUGGUACCGUCAGUUGUAUUAAAGAAUCAGAGUUCUCAUGAGGUUCUUUUCAAACAGAAACCCGACUAUUCAGCCUUAAGAGUGUUUGGUUCGGCAUGUUAUCCCUGUUUACGGCCUAUAACCAAACACAAAUUUGAUCCCAGGUCUUUGCAGUGUGUGUUUCUUGGCUAUAACAGUCAAUAUAAGGGCUAUAGGUGCUUGUAUCCACCUACUGGGAAGAUUUACAUCUCAAGGCAUGUAAUAUUUGAGGAAAAUCAGUUUCCAUUUCAAGAUAAGUACAAGGGUCUGGUUCCUCAAUACAAAACGCCACUUUUACAAGCUUGGCAAUCUAUAGAGAUCACGCCAGAGCAAGUUUCUCCUCAACCAGUCCAGCAAGUGUUUAAUAAAUCACCGGCAGAGACAAUACCGGAGCAAGAAACAGAGCAGCAGAACCCUGUAAACAUUGCAGAUGCAAUGAGUGAGGGGGAAGAAAAUGAGGUAGAGGUUGAACAACAACAAGAAGAGCAGCAAGCAGAACCAGUGAACACACACCCUAUGACUACUAGAGCCAAAGCCGGAAUCCAGAAGCCUAACACUCGGUACAUUCUUCUCACAUCGAAAUUUUCCACUAAAGAGCCAAAAUCGAUCGUGGAAGCAAUGAAACACCCAGGUUGGAACCGAGCAGUUAUGGAUGAGAUGGGACGAGUAUAUAUGCUUAACACUUGGUCACUAGUGCUGCCUACAGCUGAUAUGAACAUAUUGAGCUCCAAAUGGGUUUUUACCACAAAGUUAAAUCCGGACACCACACUGGACAAGCUAAAAGCACGACUGGUAGCCAAGGGAUUUGAUCAAGAAGAAGGAAUUGACUACCUAGAGACCUUCAGUCCUGUUGUAAGAACAGCUACAAUCAGAAUUGUCCUCAAUGUAGCUACUGCAAAAGGUUGGUCUCUCAAGCAAAUGGAUGUGUCUAAGCGUUCCUACAUGGCGAGUUGA